AUGGCGCGGGAGGUGUUUGGUGCGGAACUACUCGCCCAGACAAUCAAGAGGUUGUCAGAAGAGGAGGAUCACCGGCAAGUAGAGCUUGCAGAGUGGGACCCACGUCGGGUGGAGCUGAACACCGCUCUGAAGACGAGGAUCCCUGAGUCAGUGGAGCAGAGGUGCCGGCGUGCGCAGGUGCGCGCGAAUUGCGGCCUCUUUGCUCAGACGCACCAGGCAUGGGCCAGCUCCGACGAGCUGCUGUACAUUUGGGAUUACCAUCGGGAGAACCCCGAGGUGCUGACGCUGCCGGCGGAUUCCGCCAUCGUCUCUGUUGCCCUGUGCCCGCCCCGCGCGGGGGUCUUUGACCGUACGGUCCGCUGGCUGCUGGUGGUGUGCACCCGGCUGACGGUGAGCCUGGUCGGGCUAUACGAGAGGCCGAGAGGCGAUGCGCGAAGCACUCUGGCGGGCUCGGGCUCCAGCUGGCAGUUGCUUCAGCUGGAGGGCUAUAGCGCGCGCACCGAAGGUGCGCUUUUCCAUCUGAUCCGCCACACGGGUGAUGGCCACAUCUUGCUGGCCUCCGGGGCGCCGCAGGUCUUUGAGCUCGCCUACUCCCAGAUGGCUGGCUGGCUGACCUCCAAAUGCCGCCUGAUCCGGCAUGUGGGCGGCUUGCACGCACGAGUGCGCGACUUCCUGCACUUCUCGUGGCGGUGCACCGGGCGGAUCCGACUGCUGGAGUGCGCCUCCCAUGGAUACAUAGUGGCAGUGGACGAUGCCAACAGCCUGCACCUUUUCCGGCUGCAAGACUGGGCGCCACUGCCGUCUGGGCCAUCCAGCGUAGCAGUUCUGCAGGAGCUUUGCGUGUUGCCCAGCGCCGAGCUGGCGCAUUUAGCCCUGCAGCUCGCCAAGCGGGCCUUGGCCUCCCGUAUCAUUUCCCACUUUUUUCCGAUCCUGGGUCUGGACGGGCAUUUGAGGCUGCAGGUGGUGACCGCAGCAUCCGAGCAGCUGCUUUUCGUGUGUUCGGCUGCUAGUCCCACUGGCCCCAGCGACAGCACGGACUGGUCCAUUGUCCGCGAGUUCGAAGCUGACUGGACAAAGGGACGCCCGCCGACUCCAGGAACCGAGACGCGGUAUCACGGGUUUUGGCUGCAGCAGGUCGUGGACUCGAGGAUGGGUGGCACGACCCGUCUGUCAGGAAAGGGGGACGCUCGCUUGCGACAUGCUUGCCUGGAGGAAACCCGAGAGCCAUGCGUGUACUCCUCGGGUGUGUGGCUACAGACUGCGGCCUUUCCGGGCUCUGUGGCGAUGGAGGUCGGCAUCACCUGCCAAGUGGAAGAUGAUUCCACCGCUAAGAGCCUGCAUACGUCCAUCAUGAUGGACGCCCAAGUGCUUGACAUUGUGGAGGAGACGGAGGUGCGCCAUGGCACAGGCCUUGACGUGACCAGUAUGGUGGACGGGCGCCGAGGCAAGCCGGCAGAGUUUUUCUCCUCCCGGGCCUUCGCGCUGAUGCUGCCGAACUGCGUGCAGGUGCUGCGCCUGGCCUUCAAGGCGCCGGAGGGCGCGCCCAGCUCCGCCAUGGAGUGCUGCAACCAGCUGCAGCGCCUGCAGCUGGGCGGAGCUCAGGCCACCUGGAGCUUCGACGACGUGGGCGUGCCCAGCUUCGAGGAGCAGAGGAGACACCUGGCGGCAGUGCCGGCGGGGCCGGCGGUGCCGGCGGGGCCGGCGGUGCCGGCGGUGCGGCUGGGCCGGUGGCUGCAGGGCCUGCUGCGGUUUCUGGCUUUGGCGCUGAGACCGGUCUGGGAGCUGCCGUUGGUCCUGCGCAUGGACGAGAAGCUGGGGGUGGCGGACCAGCCGAUGCUUUGCAUCGGCAUUGCCGAAGAGACGCUGCAGAAGCUGAGACACCGCCUGAGACCGGCACUGCGGUUUGCGCAUGCUGCGCUGCAGGGGCACCAUGGUGCACCUGUGGCGGCCUCCUCAGCCACGAGGUUUCGGCUCUACACAGAGCGCCCGGUGCGUACGGAAGCGGUGGCGCAGGCUAAACAGAUCCUGAAUUCUGUGCUGCAGGUGGCAGACCGGGCACAGGAGGUCUUGGCUCUGCUGUCGCUGCUUCAGGAGCAGAAGAGCGCAUACCGUGUUCUGCGCAGCAACCAUUUGGGGGAAGCUGCUCUUCUGACGCUCCAAAGCCAGAGCUUCGGAAAGAUGGUUCAAUGCGACGAGGCAGUGGCGCCGGCAGUGCAGCUCUGCAAGGCCUUCAUGAUGGAAAGUGGCCUUACCACGCCCAUCGCGGAAGGACCGGUGAAGACAGGCCGAUCCGUAGGCUCCAGCCAGCUUUGCCGAGAGCUCGAAGAGCAGUGCUCUCAGAUCUUUCAGAAGGUGGACUUCUCCUUUGUGCGGUCGCGGCUCGCGGUGCAGGCCCCCACUCUGGGCUUUGCUCCGGAGACGUCCAAGCCCGCGGUGGAAUUGCUGCACCGCUACGCCCAGUGUGUCUACGUGGGCUCAGCGGAGGACAGCUGGGUGUCGCUGUGUCAAAGUGUACGUGAAGCGGUGAAGGAGCAGCCCAAUCGCGCAGCGGAGAUCUGUGUGGAGAAACUGCAGCAGAUCCAGCAGCAGGAGCAAGGACCCGCCAGCGAGGCCAGAGCGCGGCAACUUCUGGAAGCAUUGCUCGGGGCGGUGACCAAGCCGCUGGGGCAGCCAGAAGACCAGGCAUUGGCUGCUCAAAAUCUGGUCGAGCAGCUGCUGGUGAGGACGUCCCGGAUGGCAAACUCGAUCAGCAAGGAAGUGUCCUUCGCGCACCGGGCAGUGCUUGAUUAUUUGUUGGCCUUUGACUCCCUGCGACCAGUUCUGGAGGACCUUCUGCAAGGAAACCAGGGCACCACUAUCGAGGCGUUCCUCCAGGCCAAAGCCAAGGAACACCAAACAGCCGGCGAGCUUCUGUGGAGGCAUUGGGUGAAGCAGGGCAGACCCCAGGAUGCUGCCGAGGUUUUGCUGGCCAUGGCGUCCGGGAAGACCGAUCUCCCGCACCGUGUUCAGUACUUGGACCAAGCCAAGCAGGCUGCCCGACGAGCGCUUCCCAGCAGCAAGGAUCUAUUGGAGCGCCUGAGCGCGCAGCUGGAUGCAGCUGCUCGUGUGCAGUUGCCGCUUCAGCGAGAAGAAAUGGACCUCUUGAUCCUCGACGGGCACGUCUCCGAGCGUUGGCGCUCAAGAGCCAGACAGCAGAGGCAAGUCUUGGAUGAGUCCUUGCUUCUGCUUCAGGACUUGUACCAAAUCGCCAUAGACUUCGGCCUCUACCACGUGGUGCUGGUCAUAGCGGACCUCUCCUCCAGCGUACAGGAACGUGAAGCAGGCUUUGAAGCUUGGCUCCGUUGCUUGCUGCCCAAGGACACUCCCUACAGCCCUGGGCAGAUGCAGGUGCCAUCAGCCAGGUGCCACGGCAUGUUCCCGCUUUUGCUGGUCAGAAGAUCUACAACCUUCCUGCAGUUGCACACGCCCCAGUUGCAGCCUGCCGCCGGCGCUACGCCGGAGGAUUUCCAGGCGAGAGCUGUGCAGCUCCUGGCGGAGAUGUCUGAGGCCUUGAAGACUGGCAGCGAGCUGUGGGACGCCGGCUGCGUUGCGACCCUCCUGGAGUUCUGUAGCUGCCUCUGGCACAAGGUGUCCGGGUUCCCGGUGGUGGACGCUUGGGUGCCCCUCAAGGUGCUCGCCAGAAAGCCGUUCCAGAUGCCCAUGGUGAGCCUCCUGCGCUUUUACGUGGCGGUCCUGAGCCAUUCCGCCUCCUGGGCGGCAGACUUGCGCAAGAAGCACGUUGAUGGUGUCAGCGAUAAGGAGUUGUCCCUGCACCUUGCACAGGUGGCACUGAUAUUGGUGGAGAAGGCCCAGCCUGAGGGGGCAGACGCUGCUCAGGCACUACUGAAGGAAAUCCGGAGCUCGCUGGCCAAGCUGGACAAGGACCCCUUGGCGCGGCGACUGCUGAGCGAGGCGGAGCGCUUGGCCGAUGGAGCGCGCCCGCACCUGCCGGGCCUAAGCCUUGUGCGGUAG